AUGAGUGAUAGCGUCCGUACCGAGGAAAAGGCGGUUUUGGAAGAAUCCGUCCAAACGUCGAACAACUCGGCGGCUAACAAUGAGGGAACCCAGGACGAGAAUGUACAACCGGCAACUGGCGACAAGAAGAAGAAGCAGAAAAAGAAGAAGAAGAAGGCUAACAACAUCAAGAACAUCGAGCUUCUUUACCCAGACCUACAGUACCCCGAGGGUGAAUGGAUGGACUAUCACCAGGAGCACAACUUGCAGAGAACGACGGAUGAAGAAAAACGUUACCUACAGCGGGAUAGCGAGAACGCACAGAGAUGGAACGACAUGCGCAAAGGCUCAGAGAUUCACCGCCGUGUGCGUAAGAAUCUGCAGAAUAAGUUGAAACCGGACAUGAGUCUCACAGAUGUCGUUAACGUCGUGGAGGACGCAACCCGGAAAUUUACCGGUGUAGACGAAAACGGUGACCACAAGGAUCGUCCGAAAUCCCAGGGUGUUGGUUUUCCUACUGGUGUCUCGCUUAAUCAUUGUGCUGCGCAUUUUACGCCAAACGCGGGCGACCAGACUAUUCUCAGGUACGAAGACGUGAUGAAAGUAGAUAUCGGAGUUCAAGUUAACGGGUACAUCGUGGACUCGGCCUUCACCGUUACAUUUGACCACAAGUAUGACAACUUGUUGAAGGCUGUGGAGGAAGCCACCAACACAGGUGUGCGUGAGGCAGGCAUAGACGUGAGACUCACAGAUAUAGGUGAAGCCAUUCAGGAAGUGAUGGAGUCAUACGAAGUAGAGCUCAACGGCGAAACAUUUCAGGUCAAACCUUGCCGGAAUCUGUGUGGCCACAACAUUUCACCCUACAAGAUCCAUGGCGGGAAGUCGGUCCCGCUUGUCAAGAAUGGCGAUCAAACGAAGAUGGAGGAAGGCGAGCAUUUUGCUAUUGAAACCUUUGGAACCACGGGACGGGGCUACGUAAUCUCGGGUGGUGAGGUUUCUCACUAUGCGAAGAACGAGGGCUCUUUUCCUACUCCAUCGCUUUCACGCGCCAAAUCGCUACUCAAGACAAUUGACGAUAAUUUUGGCACUUUGCCUUUCUGUCGCCGUUAUCUAGACCGCUUGGGUGAAGACAAAUACUUAUUUGCACUUAACAGUUUAGUGAAGCAGGGCGUGAUUGAAGAAUAUCCACCCUUGUCCGACAUCCAGGGCUCUUACACUGCCCAAUACGAACACACCAUUUUGUUGCAUCCACACAAAAAAGAAGUUGUCUCCAGAGGUGACGACUACUAA